AUGAAGUUGAUGCUCAGUCCUCUUUUCCAUUUGCUUCUGUACUGUGCAACUCAGGCAUUAGGAGUCAACAUCCUGUUAGGCGCAGACAUCAGCAUCGAUGGUGUUAUAGAGACAGAGCUGGAAAAGACCGUGUCUCUGGUUUGUAAGUCUCACAGCAGCUACGACCCUCAGGCUGAUGAAGAGUUGGUCUGGUUGAGGAAUGGUGCCGUCGUCAGUCUGAAGGAGGAAAAUAAGUUGGGUCACAGCAGCGUGUGUGUCACACCCGUCAUCGAUGAAGACAAUGGUGCCACUUUCACCUGCCACCUGAGGAAAAACGCCACCAUUAGCGCCUCAGUCACCCUGAAUGUCACAUAUCCUCCACAGCUCUCUGGGUCAGAGGAGGUUUCAGUAGAAGAAGAGGCAGAGCUACUCCUGCAGUGUGAUAUCAGAGCCAAUCCACCAGUCUCAUCUGUGUCAUGGAGACUAAAUGGAAAAGAAGUGGAUCUAUUAGCAGCAGGCAUCAAGGUGACCACUGACGGCUUUGCAACCAAGCUAUCUGCAAACCGUGCGACUAAAAGCUUGCAUGAAGGCACAUAUCAGUGUUCAGUGAACUCUCCCAAGUACGGAGAACACACCAAGCUCUUCCAUGUCACAUUAACAGCAAAGACCAUAAAGUUCCCACUGUAUCCCAUGAUAACGGGGAUUGUGGUGUUGUGCCUUACUGGGAUUCUCGCCAUUGCUUCACGGUGGAAGAAAAUCAUAAAGUGUUGCAAGUAG